GGGUAUCAGGUAGGAAUUUAUUCCUUGAAAUGCCACCGCGCUGUAAAAGGCUGCGGGGCUAAAGCCAGGGUAAUAAUAUCCAAGUCCUUUGGAAGUGCAUAGGGGCGUUAUGACUUACCGGUAAUGUGAUAUGUGCUAUACAAGAACUGUGUUAUUAUUAUUCAAAGCAUCCUUUCCAACUUCCUCUUGCCAUUCACAAAAUAUUAGGCUGUAUUUGGUGGGUGGGUAGGUGAGUGAAUGAGUGACUUAUUAAGCAUUUGAUUUGUAGAUUGAUUGAUUGAUUGAGUGAGUGAGUGAGUGAGUGAGUGAGUGAGUGUGAGUAGAAUGAGUGAGUGGCUGAUUAAGUGUUCAAUUCAGACAUACAUAGAUCAAUUUGUUAUGAGGUUAGAGUUGCCUUACUAAAUGUUUUGUUAAAUACCUCAUUCAUAAAGCUCUCUUAAAAUUUUUAUAUCGCCCCUAAAUAAAAGUUCAGCAAUUUGAAGACCCUUUUCGUUGAGGAAUUAAAAUAUUUUCACCAUUAACCACAUCUAUAAGCCAAUUCGGAAUUCCACUAUGCGCAUGAUCAGAUAGGAAGGUCAUUUGUACUAAAGUGACAUGGUGGUUUAAAAUUUAAUGAGAUAAGCACCAACUUUGAUGUCUUGAUUAUUCAUAUAUUCUUUUUAAUUGUGUUUUUCAUUUACAUCCACAAAAAAAAACAAUGUGUCCACGAACGACUGGUAUUUCACAGUUUGCUAGUACAUUGUACAGCAUGCUAUAAUAUGCAUUCAAAGUAGAAAUGCAACAAAAUAGCGUUCGUUGGUGUGCUAUGUUAGUCACCUGGUCUAUUCAAUUUCUUCAUCCUGCUAUGUAAGGCAUGCUUACAUAAUAUCUGCUUUGAAAUCUGCCUAUCACAAUGAUAGAAAUGAAAGGUCAUUUGACCAAAAUUGUCUAUGAAGUAACUACCAACUGGUCUAUUAAUCUCUAUUAAAAAGUUUGGUUACAAUUGUCUAAUCCUGUGUUGGCCUCAUGGGAGGAAUGAUUCUGAUCAACAUGUGUGCAGCAUUGAUUCAAAGGUGUCAAAAUAAUUCUGCACUGUAGGAACCAAACAAUGGAAUCAAUUGUACCAUUGCUCUUUUCAUACACGUAACAUCAUAUUUGAAGUCUAGAGACUAUCCUCAGUGCAAAUCACCAUUAGUGUAAAGGAGAUUUUGCAAGUGACAAAUAUAUCUCCGUAUAGACAAAUGGUGUUUAUAUUUCAUUCUUGUCUGGUGAUAUCAAGAAUAUGCUAAGGAUAUUGGACUUUGUAAGGAAGUGUCAAUCUGUGUUAUAUUUAGUUGACUGGAUGGAAAAUAUCCAAUGGAAUGUCUUUGGGUUUGACCAUGAACCCUACCAUGGUUAGACAGCUUUCAGUGUAACUUCUGUGUGAAUUAAACCGUCAGGCUGAGGCGAAGUCGAGGAAAAUGUCUCUUGAAGAUUGGUUAAUGCUUUCAAAUGCAAUACAUCAACUCUUAUGUUAACAUUACUCUUUACAGCAGGUUUCCAAUUGGACCUCAUUGGUACUAGGAGUGGGUUUUCAUUAUACACUGGCAAUUUAACAUCAUUGACUUUGAUUAAUCUCACUGGAUGACUGAUAGCCACUUGAAUCAAGAUGAAUAUCAUGAUGAACGCUACCUCUUCCGGUGAUGACCGAGGGUCGGGAGGUCACCAUGACCCGGGUCAAUCUCCAGAAAAUCAUACUCAUUUUAAAGUCAAGAGAGUUGAGUAUGAGACAUCCCCUCCCACGUUGCUUGCGAUGUCUAUUGGGUGUGUUGCUGUGCUAGUUGCCACAGUUUUAGGCUGUGUUUACAUGUGCGCAGACUGUGAUCCAUGCAUCACAUGUCUCGAUGGGGAGGAGCCUAGCCUCUCAGAUGAACAAAUGACGUCACUGAAGAGACACGAUGCUCUCAUACACAGGUUCACCCAGUAUCCAGAACUUUUGCAACGGGAAGAAAAUCAGAAAUAUAUUGUACAACUAACAAAGAAACAACUGGAAGAUAUACACAAGAUAUAUUGUUUCUACUUUGUGAACAUUCCUUCUGAUCGUAGGAGAAGAGUAGAUACAUUUCAGAUCAAAGAUGAUAUAUCUCUUGAAGGAAGCUCACACAAAACUCUGCAAAGGAGAACUCUGUCCGAUGGCAUGGUAAGACAUCAUGAUAAUACAGUGAAUCAUUCCACACCCAAACCACUCCCAACCAGUGGACAGACAGAGACAAGUACCACAAACCAUCUUCCUAUAGACACCACUGAGGAUGUGAAUGAGAAUUUGCCAGUAGAUCGCUUGACAAGGCUGAAGCUUAUGCUUAUUCAGCGAGCUAAUUCUACAGCACAAUCAUCUACCCAACUUAAACCCAGUCAAGUUAUACAGCCAAGAGAUUCCCCCCUAGCUGAACAAUCAUCUACCAAACCAAUGGAGGAGACAGGGACUCCUGCAAAAAUGACCUCGAUUGGAUUGAAAAAUGAAGAAGCAAUAGCAGAUAGUUCUACAGUUGGGACACUCUUAGAGUCAUCUAAUGUGAGUAGAAACCAAGCUGGAGUUGAUGGAAGAGAGACAACUUCUGAUGAGGAUUAUAAAGGGAGAAAACGUAGAGAUGAAUUUGAGGAUGAACCCGAUGGUGAACUGGACAAUGAUGAAGCUGGCCAUGUUGAUGGGAGCGAGGAUGAUAGCUGGAGCUCUAGCGAAGAGGAUGUUGCACUAUGUUCCACCAGAAAAGUUGCAUAUCCAGUCGUUCUUUACAUCAAUGCAGAUGGGAACUUGGUCCAAAUUAUUCAGAGUGAAUCCUAUGACCAGUCUCUUUCCAACGAACGAUGUGCACAAGAAUACCAUACAACCACCAAUGGGAAUCUGACCACAACAUGUCUGACUACAUACACCCUUAAACAAGCCUAUGCAUUGAAUCUUGCAACUCUUCAGUUUGGGAGAGAAAUUAUUAAAAUGACCCAGUGCACGCCAGUGACUUUGUUUUAGUGUAGUACGCAACAAAAUAUGACAUUCUAUUAUUUGAAUAAACAUGGUUAAUUGUUC